CUGUGUGUCAACAGUCCCUCGGCCAACUGGGAGUUUCGAUUUGCCCGCUGGUGCUUCAAGGUCCACCUGGCUGUCGAUGGGAAAAACAACCACACGAAACUCAAAAAGACCAGAUAUCCCUUGGCGAAAGUUGCAGCCGAGGAAGCAGAGCUGCUGACCAGGACCAUGAAACCGCUCUGGGCCCCCCUCCUGCUGGCUGUGACUGUGUUCCCCCAAGGCCUGCUGUGUGACAGUGACGGCUGCGUCACCUCCUUGAAACGGGACGUCCUCAGGCUGAUGGUCAAGUGGGAAGACGCCACCUGCCUCCAGAACCAGCAAGGCCUGCCUCCGAACCUGCUCCGGACCCUGCCUCGAAGCUGCAAGGAAAUCAAGACAGCCCUGGAAGGCGCUGGAGAUGGGUUGUAUUUCCUGGGCACAGAAGACGGCGAUAUCUACCAGACGUUCUGUGACAUGACCACCAAGGGAGGCGGGUGGACUCUGGUGGCCAGCAUCCACGAGAACAACAUCUACGGGAAGUGCACCCAGGGAGACCGUUGGUCUAGUGAGCAGACGCCCAGCAGCAACUACCCCAACGGGGAGGGCCACUGGUCAAAGAACACGACCUUUGGCACAGCCGUGGGCUCGACGAGCGACGACUACAAGAACCCUGGCUACCAUGACAUCCAAGCGCAGGACUUGGCCAUCUGGCACGUCCCCAACCUCACGCCCAUGAGGGAAUGGCGAAACGCGGCCAUCUUGAGGUACCACACCGAGACGGGCUUCUUCUCUGUUGAAGGAGGGAACCUCCUCAGGCUCUAUCAGCAAUAUCCAGUCACCUACGGCAGCGGCAGCUGCCCAAAGAACAACGGCCCCAUCGUCCCCGUGGUCUAUGAUUUCGGCAAUGCUGAGCAGACGGCCUUCUACCACUCUCCAAAUGCCCAAAGUCAAUUUGUUGCUGGCUACAUUCAGUUCCGGGUGUUUAACAAUGAGAAAGCAGUGUUGGCUCUCUGUGCUGGCAUUAAAGCCACUGGUUGCGACACCGAUAUGUUCUGUGUUGGUGGAGGAGGGUAUUAUCCAGAAAGUGCUCGCCAGUGUGGCGACUUCACUGCCUUUGACUGGAGUGGCUACGGCACACACAAGGACUGGAGUGUUAGCAAACAGUUACUGGAAUCUGCCUUGCUUCUGUUCUACCGAUGAGUCAGGACGGUGGCUCCUUACACAAGCAUCAACAGCCGGACGGUGGAAAUGUGCAGAUUUUCUCCUUGAUACCUUCCUGACCAAUGACGUCAAUAAAAGAAUAUGC